AUGCCAUUGACAAUAUCAGGACAGUACCCACCUUCCGACUCUUACCUCAAAUCGAAAGAUGGUAAGAGCCCAAUAUAUCUUAUAUUUUACUCGGAUGUAGAAGGAGGCAGGAUGUGGUGUCCUCAUUGUAGGGAUGUAGAGGGAAUUGUGAAAAGUGCUUUCACGGGGAACUCCAAGUCUAAUGGUGUCAUAACUUAUAUUGGACCUUAUUCUGGUUGGAAGAACGUUCCUACCCAUCCUGCAAGGAUAAAAUACGGUGUGAGGUCCGUACCUACCAUCAUCAAGCUGGAUGAUAACGGAAAAGAACUAGAUAGAGUUGAAAAACCUGGUAUCUUAGGUUCGACAAGGUUCGAUGAUUUCUUGGGGUUAUAG